ACUCACCGGAGAAGAAAUACGACCCACUAGACAAAACUCUGAAGUUUGUGAACAGGGGAGAUGACUUGGAUCCAGUGUGUAAGAAAUGUCUUUUUCUGUGACUCAGCUGUAAAACAACAUGACGCACAGAACAACCUCAAGGCAAAAAAGCAGCAGCUUACGGCCCCAAACCCAACAGUGUUAGCUGUCUUUCAUUGCUGUUACUUGAAAAUCCCCAAACAGCCUCAUUUUCUAUUUAAAUUAGCAACAAUUGUCACCGUAUAUCUGAUGUACAACUUUUUAAUCUCCACAGCUUCUGAUUUUAAUUCUCUCAGAGCUGAAAUGUCCUGCGGCCACGCAGUCACUCCUGAUUCCCUGACCCAGUGGUGUCGCAGUCAGCUGGACGAGGGGAAUCAUAAAUUCAGAUGUCCUGCGGUGCUGGAGGGAACCAAGCUGUGCAAGAAGCCCUGGUCGUACCAGGAGGUGCGCAGACUGGCUGACCUGAGCGUUGAUGAAAUGGAGUAUUUUGAGCAGAAGAUGGCCUCCCUGUCUGUGUCAGAGUACUGCGAGGUUCAGUCGUGUCCAAAAUGUAAAACCACCGUGGAGAGGAAGGAUCUGUCCAACCUGUGCGUCCAGUGUGUCAUUUGUACCGCUGACCAGAAGAAGACCUACCAGUUCUGCUGGCAGUGUCAGAAGGAGUGGAAAGGCUCGGGGCCUCGGUCGGAUCGCUGCAGCAACGACGACUGCAUCAACAGGGACCUGCAGCUGCUGCAGACCUGCAAGGAGGUCAGCCUGCCUGAAGUGGCGGGCGUCACCAGCUGCCCCUCCAUCCGGGCCUGUCCCGUGUGCGGCAUGAAGGUGGAGCACAACCGGAUGUACUGCAAAAACGUGACGUGUCCUCGCUGUAGCUUGACGUUCUGCUUCGUUUGCCUGAAACCAAAGAGCGAGUGCUGCAAGAGCAGCUCGCCGUACAGCAUCUGUCCCGGCGGCGUGGCGCCGAGGCAGACAUGCGUCCCUGUGUGGAAGAAGUGAUGGAGGACAGUUUGUCUGGUGGGAAGAUUCACCAGAAACAUACAGGAGGAUUUCUGGAGUUUAGGACAUGUUAAAAAUUAUUUCAUGUACAGAAAAUGUUAGUCAUUCACAAAUAUUCCAGCUUUAAAACUUUAGUUAUGAUACAUUAACAGUAUGUCAGUCACAUUUGAAAGAUUACAUAAUGAAUCGUUAAAAACCUUUUGUGCUUUAAAGGGAGAUUUAUUAUCUGAUAGAAUAAUAAAUCUCUUCUAUAGCUUGUUUGACUACAUGUAAAAUUUGUUUAGUAAUAUAUUGUUUUGACUUUGUUUUUAAUCACAUUUCUAACAUUUAAUGUUUUCAUGCUUAUGUGAUUCUUUUAUUUAGUACUUCAUGAAAGAAAGUAGCAUUUUGUAGAGAAGCAACCAAGAUAGACAAAUAUAUUAAGGCAGAUGCUACCAAGAGUGAUUCCAUCUUCAUCUGUGUUAUUGCUCAUUUUUUGUAA